ACAAAAUCGUAAAAAAUACUAGACAAAUUAUGGCCGCGGUAAAUUAUUUGGGUUUCCGAUGGAAUCAGUCGCAUAAGUACUAUAACCCAAUCUAUAACCCUUAUGUCGGAAAAGGAGCAGUUUUAUUCACAGGUCCAGAUGCAAUCAAAGAUCACAAGACAAAGAUAUUAAAUGCAACAGCAACAGGGAUAGGGACACUCUCACCUGAGGGGACAAGUGACCUUGAAUACGUCUUACGAGCAGCUAGGGGUUGUCCACAUCCAAGACCAAAAUCAGUAAAGGUUGGUGAAAUAGGAUGGGAUGUAGCAUCAAUAAGAGAAGAUCAUACUAAGCUUUGGAGAAGCGGGCAUCAAAUAAAGCUUGGGGAAUUCCGUUUAGCGUGUGAGCUUCGACAUACACAUUUGUACCAGAACCCAUGGUACCCACCACCAAGGUCAAAGGAGCAAGUAACCAGAAUUAAUUUAAGAAAAGCAAAUGAAAAUAGAUGCAAAACACAGCCUAAUCCUUACAAACAUUCACCGUCAGCCUGGCCUAGUUCAACAGACAGUUCAUUAACUAACAUACGCUUACGACAUAAACAGAAGCCGAUAACAUUGGUGCGGUAAAAAAUUGAUAUGCGGUUUGCAAUUGUGUGGUUUGUGUGUGUAUGUCGUUUCAUUUAAAUGCAGCCAAUAUGCAGGUGUGAAUUCUUUCAGAAUGUUACAACGAGCACAUUCUGUUUUUAUUAGUUUAUGACUUGUUUUUAUAAGUAUAUUGUACAUUUGUACUAGUUUUUUAAGUGAUUCCUAACAUCUAAGUGGUGAAACUAUAGAAAAAUAUAUUCAGGACCAACAGAUAGAAUUAUUAAAUAGUUCAAUUGGUAUGUAA